CUGAAAUUAUCUGUCAAAUUCCUUUUGAGGUUAUUUUUAAAUAACAACACGUGUGUAUUGUAUAUUUUCAUUAAAAACGCUUAACAAACCAAGACAAAAUGGGUAAUAUGAAAAAUAAACAAUCCAAGCGGCAACCGGCUCGGCAAAGAUACAAAAUCGAAAAGAAAAUCAGACAGCACAAUAAAAAAGUAAAAAGGGAGAAUAAAAAGAACCCCAAAAAAGUAAAACAGGGCGCAAUACAAGUGCCGAAUAUUUGCCCUUUUAAAGAGGACAUAUUAAAGGAAGUCGAGGCAAUGAAAAAACUGAAAGAGGAAGAAAAACGAAAAGCCCAUGAAGCUGCUAAGUUUGAGAGACAAAAAACAAAGGAAGAAGCUAAGAAAGCACAAGCUGAAGAAGGCCUAGAAGGAUUAGUAAAUAGUGCAGAGUCAAGGGAAAAGUUACAUGAAGCAUUUGCUCCAAGUGAAACUGACAAAACUUCAGACAUAAAUCGCGAAAAUUCAGUAAAAGCUUACUACAAAGAAUUCAAAAAAGUUGUUGAAGCAGCAGAUGUAAUACUUGAGGUUGUAGAUGCAAGAGAUCCUUUAGGUACUCACUGUACUCAAGUGGAGCAAGCUGUUAAAGAAAUGAAGGGUAACAAACGUUUGGUAAUUAUAAUGAAUAAAGCUGACUUGGUACCACGAGAUGUGUUGGAUAAAUGGUUAAAAUUCAUUAGGACAACUACACCAUGUUUGGCUUUCAAAGCCUCAACCCAAAGUCAGUCGAAAAGAUUGGGACAAAAAAAGUUGGCCAAAAAUGAUAAUUUGCAAGGUUCAUCAAGUGCUGGUAGUGAGCUUAUAAUGUCUUUGUUGGCCAAUUAUUGCAGAAAUAAGGGAAUUAAAACUUCAAUAAGGGUGGGUGUGGUUGGGUUGCCUAAUGUUGGAAAAAGUUCUUUGAUUAACAGUUUGAAGAGAUCUAGAGCAUGUAAUGUAGGAGCCACCCCUGGAGUAACAAGGGCGAUGCAAGAAGUUCAAUUGGACUCUAAAAUUAAACUCCUCGACUCUCCCGGUAUAGUUUUUGCGGCCGGUUCGGACAGUAGCGCGUCUCUACGUAACGCAGUACGUAUCUCGCAGCUAGCAGAUCCCAUAACACCCGCCAACGCCAUUUUGCAAAGAGUAAACAAACAACAAAUGAUGGAAAUGUAUGAUAUACAUGAGUACAGCACCCCAGAGGAAUUUUACAGCCUCAAAGCUGCAAGAACCGGUAGAUUUAAGAAAGGAGGAGUACCUAAUUCUAUAGCUGCUGCAAGAGGUUUACUAGAAGACUGGAAUAGCGGUAAAAUUAAAUAUUACACCAUCCCACCGGAAGCAAAUGAAAAUGAUAUCCAUCUUAGCUCCAAAAUUGUAAGUGAAGUCGCAAAAGAAUUUGACUUGGAUAGCUUUGAAGCAAUGGAAACUGACAUAUUAAAUAAAAUGGAAAAAGAUUAUGGAACAAAAGAAAAAUCAUUUGUAUUGGAAAGCUUGGGUCCUGUAGAUUCCAUUGAGGAAAUGGAAGAGGACACAGUAGCAGACGACUUGUUGGGUGAUAAUAUUAGUGUGGCUUCAAACAAAAAAGAAAAGAAAAAAGGUGAUGCCAGAGUCAAGAAACCAGACCCAGAAAUGCAACUUGAAGGAAAUCUAAAACUGAAUCAAAUCAGGAAAAAGCAGUUCAAAAAGGAAAAGAAGGAGAGAACCAGGAGGGAUAAAGUGGCUACACAAUUAUCAGCAGGUUUAGAAAACUUUAAUAUUGGCGGUAAAAGCCAGGAAUCUUACGACUUUAAUACAGAUUUUAAUUAAAAUAUAUAGUUAAUAA